GGGAGGAUGCAGAAACAACCUGGAGAUGUUCUCCACGAAUCCGCAAUACCUGCUCACGCUGACGGAGGCCGAUAGGUUCGACCCGCGCUACGACGACGAGAAGCAGCGCGGGAAAUGCAGCCUCGUUAUCGGCAUGAUGCAGGAACACCGGCGAUCGCAGCGCCAUCUAGGAAGCAAAACAUUGCAGAUUGGAUUCGUGAUAUACAAGACGAACGACCCGAGCAAGCGUCUGCCUCAGCAGCAUUUCAUGUACAACUAUGACAGCGGUACGUCGGGAACUUACAUUAACUACCGCGAGGUGACAGCACGGUUCGAGCUGGAUCCCGGUCAUUACGUCAUCAUUCCGACGACGUUCAAACCCGGAUUUCCGGCGUCCUUCAUGAUCCGGGUUUUUGCGGAGAAAGAUUUCGAUCUCAGGGAACUUUCUCAUGUGAUCAAACAAGAAAGCGGAAAGAAAAAGCAUGAGAAAGAAGGAAAAUAGAAAAAUAGUUAAAGAAUA